AUAAAAUUUAUGGAUUACCAAAUCUCUCUGGAUUACCUGAUGAAGUCAUGGGUAAUAUUUUCAAAUAUAUUCGCUCACCAUCGAACUUAUUAAGGGUUAAUAAAACUUGGACUAAAUUAUCCAAAAGAUGUGAAGUUAAAGCUAGAGGAAACAUUGAUAUCGAUCAAAUUCGUAAAGUACAGCAAAAAAGUGCUGUACCUUGGGGUAGUGAUACGCCACUUGAUGUGUUCACUUAUAUAAUGCUUGAGGCGUCAAAAAGAUUAAACCCUGAUGAAUUUGUUCCUUACAGCGAUCUUGCAGAUGAAAAACGCGAUAAAUUCUAUAAAAAUAUUAUAGUAGAAGCUAUUAAGCCGGAGAGAAAUAUUAACAGACUUGAGGUUUUAAACUUCUUGGGUGAAACUAUUGGAAAUGAUUGUAGCGAAUUUUUCAUGGAUGUGAUGAAAACAUUUGAAGAAAAGAAUUCAAAUUAUGCUAUUGAGGGAAAAAUAUCAAAUAAUGAUACCCAACCCAUGCCUAGCAUUAGCAAUCAUGUGAAAUCUGUCUACAAACCUCUAUCAUUUAAUUUUGUUUUUUACAAUUGGAUUUUAUUUAUGUUUACAGAAAAUUCUGAUAUUGCAAGUUUGGCAUUUAAAGAUAUCUUAGCAACUAGAAUAAGUUUUGAUCUUAAUCCGGAUUGUUGUAAAACUUUUGAAGCUAAGUUUAUUCAAUCAUGUAAUAUUUUUAAGGUUUAUUGCAAUAUCAGAAAUUUCUUUUUAGUCUCAGAUCUUGAACUUCUUAAAAACGUUUCUCAUGAAGAUAUUCUUUGUCCUCUAUUUGAAUUUUACAUACCGAAUAUGUUUGGAAUUUCACCUACAUUUAAAAUGCCGCUGAAAAUUACAGAUGAUUUUAAUGUAUAUUUUAAACCGAAAAGAAAACGGAAAAAAAGAAUUAUGUUAAAAGAACAAAAAUUAGAAUGGUUUAUUGCUAUUGAAAAUAUUCAUAAUGAUAUUGUAGAGAGGGGUAAUUCGGUAGUUAUGUCAUCUAAAUUUAGAAAUUGCAUCGAAGACAUUUACUAUAGGCUUGAGGGUGUAGCUGAAGAAUUGAAAAUAGAAUUAGAAAAGAGAAAUUUACCAAAAACCAAUGUUAAAAAGUAUAAAAUUGAUAAAGACAAGAGAAGUAAAAAAAUUCUUGACGUCCGAUAA